AUGUCAGAAAUCGACACCAAAAAGAAGCAAACCUCUGCUGACGAUUUUGAGGACGACUUUGUCGAGGAAGAAGCCAUCAUUUACUCUGACAAUGAGGCUGCUAUCUCUGAUGAUGAAGGAGCAUCUGCCCCCUUAAAGAGAAAGCCUGAAGCUGUCAACCAGGACAAUGCUGAAGAACCACAAAAGAAAAAGAAGAAGAAGCAACCUAAAAAGAAGAAAGGACCCAUCAAUCCCUUUGAUACCAUCAACAUUUGGCAGGAAGAUGCCACUGUACAAGCCGAGUACUUGCAAGAUCGUCAAAAGCUGGCCUUACCAAAACUAUCAGCAGUCGAAUUGGAGGAGCAAACCUUACCAGAAUCACAGCUUGUUAACAAUGAGAAUUUCAAACAAGAGCAUACAUUGGAAGCAUUACCCAACUAUGUCAAAUUUGGUGUAGCUGGUCAUAAGAAGCUGGCAAAGAAGCCUACUGUGCUCGCUAGCCCAGUCGCCUUGAUCGUUACUCACUCUGCCAUCCGUGCUGUCGAUUUAUGUCGUGCAUUGAAGGAAUUUGCCUCUACAGCAAAGAUUGCUAAAUUAUUCGCCAAACACUUCAAGAUUGAGGAUCAAAUCUGGUUUUUGGAGCAUGAAUCCAUUCAUAUGGGCGUUGGUACACCUAACCGACUUCAGGCACUUGUAGAGCAAGGACAUUUGAAACUGGAUAAUCUAGAACUGCUCGUCAUUGAUACUGAGAGAAAUCCCAAGAAAUUCAACAUUUUCGACCUCCAAGAAGUGCGAACUGAUCUGUUCCAAUUUCUCGGUAAACACAUUUCUCCUUUAAUGAAGAAUGGCAAAACAAAGAUUGGUUUGUUUUAA